CCCUGAGCCCUCUUGCUAUGGGUGGUCCCUUCUACAAACCCGUUCACUUCCCCAUCGCUCUCAUCACCAUCCUACAGCUCCUCCGCUCUGCUUACACGUCCACCCCGUCCCUCCUCUCCCCACUCUGCUUUACCUUAGUCUCGCCAUCACCGCUCUUCCAUUCCCGAAACUGCUUCUUCACAUUCUCUUCAUCUCUUGUCUCGCUACACCUUCUUACCCUCCGCCGAGCCAUAUAGCCAUAUUUUUCCUCAUGUCCACGCCGCCGCAAAGUCCUUCUGCCAAAAGCUCGGCCAGCGCAACCUCUCCACAAGUCUUCAAGAGGAAGCUCUCGCGGACGGAGCACUCUAAACCGAACGAGUCCUGGUUUUUGAUCCUCGUCAAUGCCUUUAAGAGCAACUUUGAGCAGACUCUCACCUAUCGUGAGUCGGAACUCUAUGCAUGGAUCAUGCAGGCAUAUCCUUACUACCGCCACGACAUGCACACGAUGCAAACAAGUGUCAAAACAACCUUAUCUUCUUAUGAAUGCUUUCGACAAAACGGACGGAGCACAUGGACGUUUAUUCCAAGGCGAGCCUUGGUGCAUUUGGAAAGCCUUAAAUCAGAGGAGGGCCGUGGCGAAAGCGACCAUUCUAGUCAAGAGGACGAGAACGAGGAUGUUGACGAAGGUGAAGAGACUUUGGAUCGGGACAUGGGUGAGGGCAGCUCGGGGACUCGAUAUGCCGAACACAAUCUGUACGAGGACCAACACAGCCCGUAUGAGCAUCGUCAGGAUGGAUCUGAUACAAGGAUACGUUAUGUUGACAAACAUUUGGACCUGAUGGACGAGGACUCGCCCACGCUGUCCGUUGAGGAGAUCCAGAGAUUCAAACAAGAGCAUUCAGGAGCGCAGGCGCGGAAACUGAAGCGAAAGGCCUCCGGCGGACACGCAAGUCGACCCAGGACACGAUCACCACCCGUGGGUCUGCAGGAUGAAUGCAGUAUGUCUAUGGAAGCCUGGUGCAAUCUCCUUGUGCAGAUGUUUGAGGCAUCUCCCAAGCAAAAGACGAUCCGUGAAAUCUUUGCAUGGGUCCAUGAUAAUUAUCCCAUCUACCGGAAUGCUCCAGGGGACGCAUGGCAGAAGGACUUAACAGCAGCUCUCGAGUCCAACCCACUCUUCAAGGCCAUGGGUCGAGGAAGGUGGCAGAUGGUGACCCAAGCUUCCCAUCCUGUGAUCGUCUUAAAUGAUGGCAACGCGGUAUCAGGAAUCGGCACAACAAGCAAUCCAUCCGUGAAGGCAGAAGACGACGCGACCGAUAGUCCAUCUGUUACAGAAGAUGAGGAUUGGAAGGCCAUUGGAUCAAAGCGUCUACUCAACUUUUCCUUCCGCCGUUAUUCAAUCGCAACGGACACUUUUCCUAAAAACCAUUACAACUCUGGCUCGACUGUUUCCGCUAACGCCAUGCACUACCCGACUUCGGGAACUGGCCCCAGUAUGGCCAUUGCGGCCGCAUCCCUCAACCCAUCCUUAUCAGUGGCGGCCUCGACCAGCAAUUUGCUUCCUAUUGAUCAUCGCCCUGCAGUAUACACCACCACAGGAAGACGUUUCUCUUCCUAUCAUCAACCAACGCCCAAGAACUCUCCGCCUCUCUUAGCGACUACCUCAGGAUUGUCCAUGGUUGAUGAAUUCGGCACGCAGCUGAAGGGCGCAAUAUCGGAGGAAACUGACGAUGAAGAAGAUCCAGCUAGGCGAUAUAUGGCACCACUACAGAAUGCCAUUAACUCUGCUGUUCUUGCCCUCCAGUCACAGCACUCUCGAGCAUCCUCACCAACGUCCAUGCCAGUCUCAUCGGCUCCUCAAACGAACAGUUCAUCUCUUCAAGGCGGCCCUGCCAUUGUCAUAUCUGAAGGAGCUUACCUCGAUGAUGCCACCUCGAGCAGCGCCCCAGUAGCGUACCUGCCUCUACCACAACAGGAAGAGACCAAGCAUCAAAACCUUGCACCAGAAGUAGCAACGGCCUCCAUCACCACCCACGACAACUCGGCUUCGAAUCCACCUACCGAAAAUGGCCCCCGACUGGAGCCCGAGAUCGUAAUACCCAAUGGCGAGGAUCUCGCUUCGGACCAAAUGGAUGCCAUUCAGGCCCUAGCACUCUUAUGCGGAGGAGGGGUUUAGAGUGCACGUAUGAUAGGAAAUAUCAUAGCACUCCUUUGCGCUCCAUUUUUUUUUCCGUCUCCUUUUACAUGCACUCGCACAUCGCCCUUCGCAGAUACAUGUCCAUAGCCAUUGCUUGCUCUGCUGAAAUAGAAACCCGUACAGUCUGUCAAAUUCACAUGGA